UGCGGAACAUGGAGGAAGGGUCCGGUGAAGGUGACAUGUUUACCGUUGAGCACGAGCUGAAGAACGAUGCAGCGUGUAGUGUAAAUGUCCGUGAUGGUGGGAAGAAAGACCCUAAUGAUCUUCUCAGCAGACCUCACUCUCCGCUGCAGGGUCUUGCGAUCUGAGAUGGUGUGCAAUUUCCGAACCAGGCAGUGAUGCAGCUGCUCAGGAUGCUCUCAAUACAACCCCUGUAGAAUGUGAUGCGGAACUCGCGGAUAAGGAGGGCUGACUGUAGAAGGAACAACCUAGGGGGUCUGGGCCUUGAAGAAUUCACUGAAGCUAAUUUAACGGGACAUGCAGAAAAAGUUGGGAUUGAAAACUUUGAAUUAUUGAAAGUCCUUGGAACUGGGGCUUAUGGAAAAGUGUUUCUUGUGAGAAAAAUCAGUGGCCAUGACACCGGAAAGCUUUUUGCCAUGAAGGUUCUGAAAAAGGCAACAAUAGUUCAAAAAGCAAAGACUGCAGAGCACACCAGGACAGAGCGUCAAGUGUUGGAGCAUAUUCGGCAAUCACCUUUCCUUGUCACAUUACAUUAUGCUUUCCAGACAGAUACAAAACUCCACCUUAUUUUAGACUAUGUGAAUGGAGGGGAAUUGUUCACUCACUUGUCACAAAGAGAACGUUUCACAGAGAAUGCAGUGAGAAUAUACAGUGGGGAGAUAGUGCUGGCACUGGAACAUCUACACAAGCUUGGAAUCAUAUAUCGAGAUAUUAAAUUGGAGAAUAUACUUCUUGACAGUAACGGGCAUGUGGUUCUGACAGACUUUGGACUUAGUAAGGAGUUUCUAAUUGAUGAAAAUGAGCGAGCAUACUCUUUUUGUGGAACCAUAGAAUACAUGGCUCCUGAAAUUGUACAAGGAGGUGAUGCAGGACAUGAUAAGGCUGUAGAUUGGUGGAGCCUUGGUGUGCUGAUGUACGAGCUAAAAACUGGAGCUUCGCCCUUUACUGUCGAUGGAGAAAAAAAUUCACAAACUGAGAUUUCAAAGAGAAUUCUAAAAAGUGAUCCUCCUUAUCCCCCAGAAAUUGGUCCUUUAGCAAAAGACAUAAUGAAGAAACUCCUUAUUAAAGACCCCAAGAAAAGGUUGGGUUCUGGUCCAGGAGGUGCUGAAGAAAUUAAAUCUCACCCCUUCUUUCAGAAAAUAAACUGGGAUGAGUUAGCUGCCAAAAACAUUGAAGCCCCUUUUAAACCAGUCAUCAGGGACGAGUUGGAUGUCAGCAAUUUUGCGGAAGAAUUCACGGAAAUGGAUCCCACGUAUUCGCCUGCAGCGUUGCCUCAGAACUCCGAUAGGAUCUUUCAGGGCUAUUCUUUCAUUGCUCCAUCCAUUCUCUUCAAGCGUAAUGCUGUGAUGACUGAUCCCAUUCAACUUCAUGUUGGAGUGGAUCGUCCUGGUAGUACUGCCAUUGCACGGAGUGCUAUGAUGAAGGAUUCUCCAUUUUAUCAGCACUAUGAUCUUGAUCUAAAAGACAGUCCACUUGGAGAAGGAAGUUUCUCUAUCUGUAGAAGGUGUCGGAAUAAGAAAACUGGGCAGGAGUUUGCAGUGAAAAUUGUCAGCAAAAGAAUGGAAGUGAACACUCAAAGGGAGAUAGCAGCUCUGAAACUCUGUGAAGGACACCCGAACAUUGUAAAACUGCAUGAUGUUUACCACGAUCAGCUACACACAUUUUUGGUGAUGGAGCUGCUGAAAGGGGGGGAGCUGCUGGAAAGAAUUCGAAAGAAAAAACACUUCAGUGAAACAGAAGCCAGUUACAUAAUGCGCAAGCUGGUCUCUGCUGUCAGUCACAUGCAUGAUGUCGGAGUUGUCCACAGGGAUUUGAAGCCUGAGAACUUGCUGUACGCUGACGAAAGUGACAGCACAGAAAUUAAAAUCAUAGACUUUGGUUUUGCACGCUUGAAACCUCCUGAUAAUCAGCCACUGAAGACUCCAUGUUUCACACUGCAUUAUGCAGCUCCUGAACUGCUGAAGGAUGAUGGUUACGACGAAUCUUGUGAUCUGUGGAGUUUGGGUGUCAUCUUGUACACCAUGUUAUCAGGCAAAGUUCCCUUCCAGUGCGAAGAACAGACACUGACUUCCACAAGUGCAGAAGAAAUCAUGAAAAAGAUAAAGCAAGGGGACUUCUCAUUUGAAGGGGAAGCCUGGAGAAGCGUCUCGCAAGAGGCCAAGGAGCUCAUACAAGGACUCUUAACUGUUGAUCCAAACAAACGGAUUAAAAUGUCGAGCCUACGUUUCAAUGAAUGGCUUCAGGAUGGCAGUCAGUUGUCAUCCAACCCACUGAUGACUCCAGACAUUCUUGGUUCUACUGGACUUUCUGUCCACACCUACGUCAAAGCAACCUUUCACGCCUUCAACAAGUGCAAGAGGGAGGGCUUUUGCCUUCAGAAUGUGGACAAGGCGCCCCUGGCAAAAAGGCGCAAGAUGAAGAAAACUAGCACCAGCACUGAGACGCGGAGCAGCUCCAGUGAAAGUUCCCAUUCCUCCUCUUCCCAGUCCCAAGGCAAGACCACUCCCAACCCAAUGAUGCAGCCCAGCAACCCGGCGGACAGCAAUAACACAGACAGUAUCUUCCAGUUCUCUGAUUAAGCUGCUACAGUCCCUCUUUCACAAUUUAAAAAAAGUCAUAUUUUAAUCAUCCGUAUAACCCUUUGAAGACCAUAUGCCAUUUUUAUGCAUUCCUCCGUAGUAUCUUGUGUCAUUUAUUUAUGUUAUGUAUAUGUAGAUAGUUCUGCAUUGUUCUACAAAAUUGAUUGACCCAAUUUUCUCUGGGGAAUCCAGAGCUUGGGGGGGGGGGGGGGGUCAUUAAGUACAAAAUCCAAAUUAAUGAAUUCAGUAAUGAAAUUCAGGAGAAAUGCCUUUACCCAAAGAGUGUCAAGAAUGGUGAACGUGCUACCUCAUGUAAUUGUUGGAAUGAAUAGAAUAGUUGUGAUUAGGGGCAAAAUAACUAAAUACAUGAGGAAGAAUGGAACAAAAGGCCCAUACUGAAAGGGUGAAGUAGGGCAGGAAAAGGCUCUCAGAGAGCAUGAAAGCAACAUGGACUACUUGGGCCUGUGGCCUGUUCCUGUGCUGUAAUUUCUGUAUGUAAUAUUCUGUAUAUUGGAACAGGGAUUGAUUUUUAAAAGAUUCAAAAAUAGACAUACUGCAGAGAGUGAAACUCUGUGCCUGGCAUUCAAAGGGCUUUUAGUUCUUUACUCUGUGUAUUUUUUAAGUGUGAAAGAAUGGCUGCAGUAUGCAAACAUCUAUGAGGUGCAUUUUUCAAAGAACAUAUCUCUGUUGUACAGGUCUGAAAGGAUUGAAGGUAAGAUGAAAGCGCGGUGUUUACUAACUUACCUUUAUCUAAAAGACUGUAUCGAUGACAGAUUUGCUGUACAAAUAGAUCUAUUGAUGUACAUAAAAUAUGCAACAGGUAGGCAGAGGAUUCAGAUUUCUCAGAUUAUUUACUGGACUGUUUACAGCCACCAUUUGGUGUUAAUUCUUUUCUGGGCACUUUGAUAUUCCUGCUCUGUGUUUUGGAGUAUUGGAAUCGCUCACAGUUGUAUUUCCUGCAUUUCCUAUUCUCAGUAUCAAAGCACCCAGCAGUUUGAUGUGCUUUGGUGCAAACUUAGAAGGUUUAUCUUAAACACAAGUAAUUUUCUAGAUGGUGGAAAUCCAGAACAACACAUGCACAAAAUGCUGGAGGAAUUCAGCAAGUUAGGUAGCAUCUGUGAAGAGGAAUAAACAGUCUUGAACAGUCUCAGCCUGAAACAUUGAGUUUCUAGAUAUAGAUGCUGCUGGAUCUGCUGAGUUCCUCUAGCUUGAGUGCUAAGGAUUUCCAGAAUCUGCAGAAUCUCUCAUGUUUAUGAUUUGCUGCUCCACUGUGAAUUCUCUUCAAGGUAUACCUACCCUAAAGAAGUUUAAAUCUUCUCUUUGAUAGGAAUUCAUUGAGACUCUCUCACUGCUUCCCGUCAAGAUCUCUGCUAAACCUUCAAUUAUGAGCUCAGACUCACUCACCAACUUGCCAACACUGCCAACUUGUCCUCUUUCCCCUCCCCCAUCUUCUCUUACUCGCUUCUCCCUUCCUUUCCAGUCAUGACGAAGGGUCUUGGCCUAAAAAGACAAUUUUUUAUUUAUUUCCAUAAGUGCAGCCUGACCUGCUAAGUUCCUCCAGCAUUUUGUGUGUAGCAGGUUUAUCUCCCUGCUUUCUUGGUGCUGUUUGUUUCCUGGCAAUCUGAGAAGAAAUUUAUAUUCCCAGCAGGGUUGGGAGAUUUUAUUUCACCUUCAAAAUAAACCCUUGUUGUUAUGUUACUAACUAUGAACGCUGCAGGAGUGUAAAGUGUGUGAACCAUUUGAGAAAUCUGAGUCUUAAGGUAACUUAUUUAUGCUGAUUUAUUUGUUACAGUGUGCGGGUGGGUGCCAUUUGAUAAGUUGCUUAUAUAGUGAAGCAAUGGCUUUUUGAUAGAAAUGUUUGGCUUCUGUUUGCCAAAUGCUUUGUUAUUAAUGUAUUAUUUGGCAUGUAACCUGUUUAUUUCUUGCAUGAGCAAUAAUCUUGUAGCAAACCUGUUAGUACAAGUUUUAAAAAAGUUUGUGUUCCAGCCAUUAAUUUCUCUGCUGUUGUCUCAUAGCCAACAGCUUGACUUGCUUGUUAAUUGUGUUCAUGAAUGACCAAUAGUUAGGUAGUUGAGUGAUGCAGAUCCUGCUCUUGCUAGUAUAAAUAACCUGUGCUGCAUUGUUGCACGGAAAAUUUACGCACUAUUUGUACUGCAGGGACCCUUACGAUGUGAAGUCCCCUGUUGGAUGAAAGUGUAUAUUAUUUUUAAGUACGUCUGCAGGUAAACUGCAGCUCAGUCAUUUAGCAAAAACUCAAUGAAUUUUAUCCAUAGGAAUUCAGGUGAAUAGAAUGAUAGAUGCUCAACCUGCCCCACAGUAGUUGCAGGUGAGAGUCACAGAUUCUAUGCACAACAAGCAACAGGCUUCCAAAAAUUUGCCACAUUUUCCAACUUCUGGAGCAACACCUCAUAUUCUGUUUAGGUAGCCUCCAACUUCCAAUAAUUUCUCCUUUCCCCCUGACCCCAUCUCUUUUUCCAUUCUGGCUCCCCUCUUAUCCCUUCUUUACUCUUCACUGCCUGUCACUUCCCCAUGGUGCUAUUCCUCCUUCCCUUUCUUCCAACGUUCUUUGUCUUCUGUUCAAUUCCUCCUUCUCCAUCUCUUUACCUUUUCCACCUUUCACCUCCCAGCUUCUCACUUUAUCCUCCUCCCUAAUCAAAGCACCUAACCCCUCAACUGGUCUCAUCUAUCACCCGCCAGCUUGUACUCCUUCCCCUCCCCCACCUACUUAUUCUGACUUCUGCCUCCUUCCUUUCCAGUCCUAAUGGGCAGCCUCUGCCUGAAAGAUCAACUGUUUAUUCAUUUCCAUAGAUUCUGCCUGACUUGCUGUGCUCUUCCAGCAUUUUGUGUUUGUUACUCUAGAUUUCUAGCAUCUUCAAAAUCCUUGUGUUCAGGAAGCUGAUUCCCAUCUUUGACUUUCGCUAAUGUCUUUUACACUCUCUAAUGAAAUGUAAAUUGCAAUAUAAGCAGAAUGCUGCAGAGGGAAACCUGAAAUGAAAAUAGUGCAUGCUAGAAUGCACAUCUACUCUGCAAAGAGCACAACAGUUAUUUUUCUACCCUCCACAUAUUCCACCAACUCGCCUGUUUCCAGCACUUACUGUUUUCAUCUUCUCCUUAAAAAAGUGCUGGAAGAACUCAGCAGGUCAGGCAGCAUCUAUGAAAAUAAAUAAACAUUUCGGGCUUUAUGAACUGCUGAGUUCUAUCAGCAUUCUGUGCGUGUUGCUCAAGAUUUCCAGCAUCUGCAGUCUCUUGUUUUCUUUAUCAGUCAUGGAGGCACAUAGGAACAUCUGACUUUCACCCUAUGUCAGUUCCUGAUCUGAUCAGUGUCUGAUCUGUGACCAAAUACAGAAUAAUUGUCAAAUAACCUUGGGGUUUGAGUUUUUAGAAGUCUGUUGUCUCUGAUUCUUUAAUGUUAAUAAGAAACUUACUGAAAAGGAAAUGUUAUGAUUGUGAUCUAUAUGACCAAAAGCAAGGGCCAUAAUUUUUCAUACCAUUGCAAUCUUGCCCACCGGUCACAAUGUAUCUCUGUGCUUGAGGAAUUGCUUUGAGUGUAGACAACCUGUAUUUAUCUGUAUCCCUGCUUGGUUAUGAGCUUGAGGAACAAUGAAGGCCAGAGGGAGCAGAUGGGCCUGGGUUCUGGAUCGCCCUUUUACAAUUGUUCUUGUGCUUAUUUUACCAGUGGGGACUUGCAGUUGAAACUUCCUGGGAAGAACAGGGCAUAAAACACAGGCAGAUAUCUUAUUUCUCAGCAACCCCCUCAUCCAAUCUGUCAUUGUACAGAGCAGGACUUUACAAAAAACACCAUUCCAUCUGUCCUGUCCUUUGAAUUCAGUGUCGUGCAAAGCCCAAAGUUUGUGAAGUUGAUUAAUGUUUGCUUUAGUUCAGCACUUAUUAAAAAUACAAUGGGGAAAACAAAAUCACCUUCAGUCCAAGUAAUUCCGAGGCUAUGGUGCCAUUUACAUAAAUUAUUAAUGUAGACAUACUGACACAUUACUCUUCUAAUUCAGGACACUGUCAGGUGGUCCAGAGAUGGAGCUUUGUAAAUGAUGGGAGGAGUGUCUCAAUGGACAUAACUGAGAAGGGGCAAAAGUAUGAAUGAUCAUUGAUAUGUGUAUGGCAAAAUCUCACUAAAGCUCAUUGAAGUGGAUUACAUCCAAAGAUUUCUUCACUUAAUGUGCCACAUCACUUUUGAUACCAAAAUUUUCCCAGGAAGUUUUCAACCAUUUAAAUUGUAUUUUAUUUACUGUUAGUGGGUAUUUUGCACUGGGUUUAUUGUGAAUCUAUUAACCAUGUAUGCCUGGACAGUAUCUGAGGGAAUUUCUUAAAAAUGUAUUUUUUAAUAUUAGUGUGAGUUUUCUCAGCAUGGGGAUUACUAAAUUACUCCACACCCUUAAGGGUACACGGUGUGCUAUAGAUGGGUGUCGUUCACUGCAUCUCUAAAUGCCUGGUGCACAGUCCAGGCUGAAUUGUGCAGUCUCUUUUUAGAGGCUUCUUUCAUCAUAAUCUUGCCAUCCUUUUUUGGGACUUUGUAAAUUUAAAGUGUUGAACAGAUUGCAUUGUUGAUUUCUUUGUGCAUCCAGGUUCAGUACAACCAGUAGUUUUAAAGAGCUUCAGUCUAGGUGAAACAUACUGUACAGAGCUGUACACAAUUCACACUGCAAAACUAUUCAAAACCUCUUCCCCUCCCAGUCUUUAUACUCAAGGGAGUUGGGCUUAUCUGUUUAAACAAAAUCAUACUGAACAUGAAUUUUUGCAUAUAGUUUUUAACCCUGUAUAAUAUUGACUUUUACAAAGCUUGAUUAAAAGUAGAAUAUUGUUGUUACAGGGGAACUGCCAUAAUAUUAUAUUUAUUGAUUAUUUAAUGAGGAAAAUGAUUAAAGUAUUGAUAAGUUUAUUAUAGCUUUCUAGUGACUUGUACAAAAUUUUUAAAAGUUGAAAGCAUUAUUCAGGUGAGCCUGUGAAAGCUUUUAAGACUUUUUAGAACAUUAAAGUCAAAUUGUUUUAAAUGCAACUUCUUAAAAGGAGGUUGGCAAAUAUUCAUUGUAUUUUUUAAAAAAGGAAAAUUAUUUGUGGAUUUAUUGUGUGUGUUGAGGACAACUGUCCAUUGUACAAAUGUGCUAUGAAAUUAAUGCAAUUUAAUUCAGAAUAUUUCAGUGACUAACAUUGCAAGUCUGUGAGGGCAUCUUGCUCCACAAUAAUGAUUACACUUUAUUGACACUUACAGGAAAAUAGCAUUUUCGUUUUGCUAUAAAUUUAGGUGUUCUUUGUUGUCUUAAGGAAUAAAACAACUUGUACAGCAAAUAUGAUCAAACCAUCUGAAGGAUACAGUUCUGGUGCAUAUCUGUCCACUUAUCCCAUAACAGAUGUGCCUGAUCUCUGCAGGAGUAAUCAUAUUGAACCCCUCCAUUCUACACUGCCUUUCUUAACCCCAGUAAUGACGUGUUAGUAACACCACCUCAGCGCCAGUGAUCUGGGUCCAAAUCCGCCUCUCCCUGGAAAGAUUUUGUAUGUCCUCCUGUGACUGCUUGCAUUUCCUCUGGGUGUUUUAGUUCCCUCCCAUGUUCCAAAGAUGGUGCCUACUUGCUGCAGGUUUCAUCCUCACUGGUCAAAUUGCAGGGCUUCAGUUGGAUGAAAAAUGUACAUAGUUCCACUGUAACUGAAACAAAACAAAACUUGUCGAUUCUAGGAAUCUGAAACAAAAAUUCUGCCAAAAAUGAAGUCCCAAUGAAAGGUCAUUCAUCUAAAAUAUUGACUGUUUCUAUCUUUGCAAAUACUGCCUAACUUGCUGAAUGUUUCCAGCCUCAUAGAAAACCUAUAGCACAAUACAGGCCCUUCGGCCCACAAAUUUGUGCCAAACAUGUCCCUACCUUAGAAACUACUAGGCUUACCUAUAGUCCUCUAUUUUACUAAGCUCCAUGUACCUAUCUAAAAGUCUCUUAAAAGACCCUAUCAUAUCCGCCUCCACCACCGUUGCUGGCAGUCCAUUCCACACACUCACCACUCUCUGAGUAAAAAACUUACCCCUGACAUCUCCUCUGUACCUACUCCCCAGCACCUUAAACCUGUGUCCUCUUGCGGUAACCAUUUCAGCCCUGGGAAAAAGCCUCCGACUAUCCACACAAUCAAUGCCUCUCAUCAUCUUGUACACUGCUAUCAGGUCACCUCUCAUCAUCCUUCACUCCAAGGAGAAAAGGCCGCGUUCCCUCAACUUAUUCUCAUAAGGCAUUCCCCCCAAUCCAGGCAACAUCCUUAUGAAUCUCUGCACCCUUUUUAUGGCUUCCACAUCCUUCCUGUAGUGAGGGGACCAGAACUGAGCACAGUACUCCAAGUGGGGUCUGACCAGGGUCUUAUAUAGCUGCAACAUUACCUCUCAGCUCCUAAAUUCUGAAAAUUCUGCAAAGCCCAUGUAGAAACAACUCCACAGGUUAACCAGGUAAACUAGAGAAGUGAAACCAUGGAAUAUUUUGUUGAAAACUAAUUGAUGCAUUAGUUUUAAGUGACAGCAUUGUUUAGUUGACAAUAAAUAUAUUAGAGUAAAGGUAGACUUCAUUGUCAUCUGCAUAGUACAUAUGUACACAGGUAGAAUUUAAAAACUUACAGCAGCAUCACAGGAAUAUAGCAUCAGAUAAACAGCUGGCACACAAAAAACAUAAAUUGAACAAAUUAUACUCAGUUUUUAAAAGAAGGAAGAUGCCAAACCCCCUUAACCUUCUAAGAAAGUAAAGACACUGAGUCACUUAACCUGUGAUUGUAAAGAGAAAUAGUAGCAAAGUUACUCUAGUGUAAUAUUAACAUCCCCUCAUUGCAGCCCCCACCCUCCACUCCAAUCUCAAGUACAGAGUAACAAACUAUUUAAAAUAAAAAUGGAUAACGCUGCAAGCAUUAGGGAUAGAAAAGCCAGAAAUGACUUUUCAAGUUGAUGGCCUUUCAACAGAACAUUUUUAAAUCUGCCAACAACCACCUUCGUUGUGUUAGGUAAAUGUUAACCAUCAAAAUUUAAAAUGAUGCUGCUGUGAGUGCCGUCAGUCUGAUAUCCACUGGGUGUAAACAUUAGUAUUAAAACAAGCCGCAGGGCACAUCACCAGCAUACUAAUAUGUUACAGUUCCUACAUUAUCUCCCCCAUUAAAAUAGCACAGUAUCUCAGUUUACAUAGAAUGUACAGAAACAGGCCAUUCACAAUGACAACACAUUCAGAAGAUGGCAAGAGGAAAGCCAGAAUGCUCAGUGUAUUACCUAAGGUCUGUACGUACUAGUGUUCAUUACAUCACACAACCAUCCUGUCAAUACCUGUCAGUUCAUCUUUUAAUAUAUCCUUUUGUUCCUUUCUCCCUCAUCCUUUUUAGAACAUAGAACAUUACAGCACAGUACAGAUCCUUUGGACCACAAUGUGCUGUCUAACCUACUCUAAGGUCUAACCCUUCUCUCCUACACAUUCCUCCAUUUUUUUUUAUCAUCCAUGUGCCUAUCUAAGAGUUUUUAAAAUGUCUUAAUGUAUCUGCCUCUACCACCAUCCCUGGCACCACCAUCCACACACUCACCACUCUCUGUGUAAAGAACUUAGCUCUGACAUUCCCAUUAAGCUUUCUUCCAAUCUGCUUAAAAUUGUGCCAUUUCCUCUUUGGGAAGAAGUCUCUGACUUUUUUAGUUCUACUUUUUUUUAAUAUUUCAUUACCACAUAAGAGGCCAUUUUUCCCAUAUUUCCAUGCCAACUCACAGAGCUAUCCCAAUGCUCUUUAAAUGUCCCUGUAUUCUCCUUGUAUUCCCAUCAAUUCCAGCACUCUGCAAUGCACCAAGGGCUGCCAGUUGACCGAGCCACUGGCACAUCUCUAGGAUGUGGGAGCCAACUUGAGCACCUCAAUAAAGCACACAACUCCAACCAGUGCAAACUCCAUUCGCAGGUUGGAAUUGGACCUUGAUUUUUGAAACUGUGAAACAGCAACUCUGCUCACUGUCUCAAUGUGCCACACCAACUUCCAAGUUUUCCUCACUCUCAAGAAACUUUUUUCCAAUAAUAGGGCAAAUGAGGGCUAUGAGAGGAAAAGACAGGUGAGUCCAUGGCCAGAUCAGCCAUGAUCUUACUGAAUGGUAGAGCAAGCCUGACAGGCUCCUAUUUCUUAUGUUCUUAAACUUGUACUGAAUUCCCUGCUGGCUUGCUAAGUGACAGUAUCUUGUUUUGGGUUCCCCUGAGGCUGACGAGAAGUAGACACGUGCCUGAGUAGACCUCUUCAUGAUAUUAAAGAGAACACAAAAUCAGCUCCCUGGAAAACUUGUCAAUCUGAUCCCAAUUCCCCACCCCUUCCCUGCCAUCUAGCAGGAGUUGAACUGUUUGUCACAGGACAUAACCCCCACCAAGCUCAUUCUAGACUGUGUCAAAUAAAACAUACCUGUCACGUCACUGUUUGAAUAUAUUGGCAGGUUCGUGUACUAUGAAUGUACUGCCACCUGACUAAUGGAAAGUUUGCCAACCAGCUUGGCGCUGUUUUCUGUGUUGUCCACAGGUCUGUAAUGGAUGUAACAUCAGAAUCUGUCUGUUUACAUCUUCUGCUGGCUUCAUACCAUUUCUACUUCCCAGCAGUUUAUACUGGAACUUGUUGAGAGCCUGAGUUACAGGGAAGAAGUGUUUCACAGUAAACAUAGUGCAAAGGCCAGAUUGCCCCUUCCAGUUGUUAAACAAGCCUCAACAGCAACUUGAAGUGUACAGAGGAAAUUGCAACAAGCAAUCACCAGUAUUUUGGCAACAGGUUUAAAGGGACUAUGGCCCUUCCCAGAAAUCACACUUAAUAAACCUUUAAGUCAAGGAUUAACUAGUUUAACUCAAGGCCAUUUUUUACUUAAAUGUUUUAACUCAAGGAUUUAUUCGCAUUUAGUCUCCACUCUUCUAGCUUUUAAGUUGAGCGGGGAGAGAUUUAAUAGAAACCCAAGGAGCAACUUUUUCACCCAGAAGAUAUAGAAUGAGCUACCAGAAGAUGUGGUCAAGGCAGGUACAUUAACAACAUUUAAAAGGCACUCGGACAGGCACACAAAUAGGAAAGGAGGAUCUGGACAAACACUGGUAAAUGGGACUAGCUCAGAUGGGAAUCUUGGCCAUCAUGGACUAGUUGGGCCGAAAGGCCUGUUUUGAUGUUCUAUAAUUCUAUGGCUGGUAGAAGCUAACAAUGGAGCUGAAGAUGUAUGUAUGCCAGGUUACACAAGCCUGUUUAAGAAGCUAGGGCUUUAUAAUAUGGAACCAGAGAUCGCCAGAAUAACUCAUAAAGUGGAUUUUGCUGGUAAUUGAGUGGCAGAGGAGCUCAGUGGUUAAAUUUUCAUUCAUUUCUGACAACAUCUUAGUACAAACUAGGAAAGGCUGUGAAAUCCAAGAAACAGGCAGCAUUUGUAGAAAGCACAGGAUAGUUCAUAGAGUUGGAGCUGGGAGGAUAAGCUGUGCAUUUUGCUCACUGUGUGUACCAAGCACCAGUCGCACCUGGAGUCCCAUCACAAUCAAGACCAAAUACUAAAUCCAGUCAACAUACACAAAAUGCUGGUGGAACACAGCAGGCCAGGUAGCAUCUAUAAGGAGAAGCGCUGUCUGCAUUUCGGGGCCAAGACCCUUCAUCAGGACUAAAUCCAAUAUUUAGUUAUGUCACGGCAGUUGUAGGAUAGAUCCAGUUACUUUUCAUGUUUGUACGCAUUUGUCCUUUUUUGUUUCUUGUUCCCCACAUGGGUGGAAUAAUUUCUAAGGUAAAUUCUCUGCAUUAAUAGUAAACUUUACAGUGAUACAGUACCUACUCAUGUAAGCAUUGUUACUUUGUACAGAGAGGGCAUCUUGUUGCGAAAAGCAGUUAAUGGGAUAUUAAUCAUGGAUGAUCACUUGUACAAACUAGAUGGAACCCUGGUCAUUUACUUUUAAAAAAAAUAGUUAUAUUUAAGUAAGUAAUGUUUCCCAAAGGGUAUGAAAAAUAUAACCCUAUCUUUCACAUUGCAAUUAAAUUAAGAAGUGUUAACCAUAUGGGAGAUUUGAAGUCUGACACACUACAUCUUUUUAAUCCGAUCUGUUUAUAGUUUACAUCUAACCGUUUACACUCUGCCCCAUUUUGCAAAGUAUUUGCUACGUAAUUCCAUGACAUUGUCCGUUUACUUUCAGUGUGUAAAGGAUUUGUAAAGGCUUUAAACACCUUUGUGGGUGGGGGAAAAAUACAGUAUCUCUUGACACUUGAAAUGGGAUCUUAAAUUGUAACUUUACAAAAUGCUGCUUGGGUUGCUCCUGGAGAAUAGUGUCCACUUCUGGUCGCCUAGCUAUAGGAGGAUGUGACUGCAUUGGAGAGAGUGCAGAGGAUAUUCACCAGGAUGUUUCCUAGAUUAAAAGAUUUUAGUAGUGGUUAGAGAUUGGAUAAAAUUGGCAUGUUUUUCAUUGAGUGAAGGAGGCUGAGAGUUGGUAGAGAUUUAUAAAAUGAUAAGAAGCAUAGAUAGAGUAGACAGUAGAAUCCUUCUUGCUGGGUAUUAGACACAAGAAGGGAUAGGUUUAAAGUGAUGGUUAAAGUACUGUACAUGCAUGUGGGUGAAAGGGAGCAACAGGACUUGUUUCUGCUGUUGUUUGUUGCUUGUUCUGUGUUGUUUUGCAGAGCAUUAUGGCCAUGCUAUGUUGGCACUGGAGUAUGUGGUGACACUUGCUCACCCUCUGAAGUAUUAGUUGUUAAUGCAAAUGAUGCAGUUUUACUGCAUGUUUGAAUGUAAACUUAAAUCUUGAGAGAAAGGAGUUUUAAAGAGUUUAAGACCAUAAUGUAUGUAUGCAAUACAGGUUAGUAAUGUAUCCAACAAAAUGUUUUUUUUUCACACAGAGUGGUUGUUAGCUGGAUCUCACUGUUGGAGGAGGUAGUAGAAUCAGAUACAAUUAUUACAUUCAAGUGGUAUAUAGACCCGUCCCCGUAGGUACAGUUCCAAUGCAGGCAGAUGCAAAUGGUGUCGAUGGACAAACAAGUUUUGGUUUAACUGUAUUUGGUCACAGCAAUUUACACACCAAAUGCCACAUUCCCAGAGACCUCCUGCAAACACCAGUAUACUCUAAUGGAGUACAAAACAGAUUUCAAUUUCAAAUUUUAACGCAAGAUUAUCUCCCAUUCACCACAACAAAAAAAAAUAACUAUAUUUAUUCCUACAGUAACAGGAAACACCUUGCAUUUCUUUAACAACCUCAGGCCAGCUGGAAAUGCUUUAUAACCAAAUGAGGUGUAAUCAUUAUUGUUAGGAACAGGGCAGGUGAACUUGUUUAGUGAAGUUUGAGGGUUUGAUAUAAACUAAUUCUUCAAAGUAUUGCAAUGGGAUUGUUUUGCAUUCAAACAAGCGGAUGUAUGCAGGCCUUGGUUUAGUGCCUGCUCCUAAAGAUGUACUGAGGUAGGAUUCGAACAGAGGUCAGAGAACUACAUAGCUGAGAGAAUACUAGUAAACUGGCAGAUUCCAUUGCUUCAAUAACAUGGGUUCCUGGCAUUUCUUCACAGAUCCUGUUUUAAAAGCAGGUGUUUAGCAAUUUCAAAGGACACUGCCUUUCAGUGUGUGGUUGUGUUAAUUCCUCUCUCCAAAGAGAAUCGCCUAUCCUUUGAGUUGUCUUACCCUGUAUUAUUCUGAGGGCAGAUUUGUUCAUGUGCACUAUAACACUGGGAAUUUUAUUUUUUAAAAAUGUACUUUUAGCAUUAAUUAAUAUUUGUACCUUUCAAAACAGUUUGAGGGCAUAUUUAUAGUAUUACUAUGUUCUUAGUAUUUAGGGUCCUUGUGAAUUCUGUGUUGUGACUUUUUGUUGUCUGGACAGUGAGGCAGAUGGCUUGGACGAUGGCAAAUCCUGAGAAUAUUUCCUUGAUGAAAUUAUUUAGGCAUGUGUCAAGCACUUCAAUUAUUUGAUAUUUCUCAAAACCUUUGUCAAGAUGUGCACUGCUUUCGUAUUCUCUGUAAGGCAGGCAGGAUAUCUAUCAUAUCCUGGAGAUUUCCACUCCUGCUUACAUUUGGAACAUCCAGACCUGGGAACAAGUCUGACUGAGCUUUGCAUUUAAAGCAAGAAUGAAACCAGUUACCCUGCUGUUGACCUAAAGAGUUAUUUAGCAUAGACAGGUACAACAGUUACUAUGAGAUCAAGAGCUGAUGGUGACAGUUGAAGAUCCAUGAGGUAAUGUUAUAGCUCUAUAAAACACUGGCUAGGCCAUGCUUGGGAUAUUGUGUUCACCUCUGGUUCACCUCAUUAUAGGAAGGAUGUGGAAACUAUAAAGAGGGUGCAGGAGAGAUUAAUCAGGAUGCUGCCUGGAUUAGAGAGCAUGCCUUAUGAGGAAAGGCUGAGGGAGCUGGGUUUUUCCCUUUUGGAGUGAAGGCAAAUGAGAGGUAAAUUAGUAGAGGAAUACAAGAUGAUACGAGGCAUGGAUUCAGUGGAUAGCCGGAGACUUUUUCUCCCAGGGUGGAAAUGGCUAAUACAUGGGGAUGUCAGAGCUAAGUACUUUACACAGAGAGUGAUGGAUGUGUGGAACACCCUGUCAAGGGUAGAGGUAGAUAGGCACAUGGAUGGUAGAAACAUAGAAGACCAUGUAGGAAGGAAGGGUUAGAUUGUUCUUAACGUAGGUUAAGAAGUCAACACAACAUUGUGGGCUGAAAGGCCUGUGUCUCUGCUGUACAUCUCCUCUUCAAGGAACCUCAUCUGUACCUGAAUCCAUUUCAAAGCCAGACAGUGGAAACACAGCAAUUCAAUUGAUCAGUAAAAUCUCUCCUGAAAAUGACCUCCUCCAUUCUUUCUUCACUGCCAUUUUAACAACUAUUCAAAGUGUAAAAAUUCUUAAACAUAGUUGUCAUAAUUAUGUAGCUAAAAAGAUACACAAUGGAGUCCAUGCCUCAUAUUCCGUCUGGUAGCUUCCAACUUGACAGCAUGUACAUCAGUUUCUCCAACUUCCCGCAAUUUCUUCCCUCUCUCCCUUUUCUCUUUUUCCAUUCCCCAUUCUGGCCCCCCUCUUUAUUGCUUUGCUUCUCUUUAUGUGCCCCUCCUCUUUAAAUGUGUGUCCUCUAGUAUUUGACAUUUCUGCCUUGGGUAAAAAGACUGACCCUAUCUGUAUGUGCCUCUCAUAAUUCUAUAAGCUUCUGUCAGUCUCCCCUCAGCCUCUGACGCUCCAGAGAAGUGUUUUAGCCAGAUAGAAAUGAAUCUGUGGAAUGCUUUACACAAACUGUGGUGGAGACAGUCCAUGGGUAGAAAUUGAUCAUUUCCUGAUUGGUCAGGGCAUCAAAGGAUAUGGUGACAGGCAGGUGUAUGGGGUUGAGUAGGAUCCAGGAUCAGCCAUGAUGGAACGGCAGAGCAGACUCAAUGGACUGAAUGGCCUAAUUCUGCUCCUAUGUCUUGUGGUCUAAAGAACCUGAGUUCAUCUAACAUUUUGCUGCUCAGAUGCUCUAUUCCACCAGCAACCUGGUGAAACUCUUUUGCAUGGUAUAAUGGUAUUUCAUGUGAUCUAACCUUCCAGGGCAGUCUACCAUGUAGAAGCUCUUCAAAGGUACUUACUGAAGGGUUCUUCUGACCCUAACCACAAUUAUACUAAAGCUAUUCCCAACUACAUCGUCAGGGUACAUACAACAGUACAGGUUCUUGCCCCAUCAUGCUGUACCGACCUUUUAGCAUAGUCCUCCAUUUUCUUUCAUCCUAGGGUAGUUACAGUUACUAAAUCCGGAUUAUUUAACUAGUAAGAACACAAUAUUGUGAUGAUCUUUUAACCUACGCCAAUCUUCACUCCUUUAUAACUCUCCAUUUUUUCUAUCAUCCAUGUGCCUAUAUGUUUCUUAAAUGCUCCAAAUUUUACACUAAUUAAAUUUACAUUUCUCUGUUGUCAACGUAAUUAGAUCGCUUCCCUCUGAUCAUUAGUGCAGUAACUUAACCAUUGAACCACACUCCUGCACAACAGUCUCUCCCCCCCCCCCCCCAACCCAACAUGGAACCA